AUGGCGACCGUAGCACCCUCCACGCCCAGCAAGUCUACGACCUCACCGACUGGCCAGCCACCCGCGGCUCAUGCUGCUACACCUUCGCGGUUGGAAGUGCUCAAGGCGCAGUUGGCCGUCGUCGACGACCUGCUGCUCGCGGGUUUCAGGCAUGCUCAACCUUUGACGCCGACCCAAGGUACGCGCCAUGACAACCCCAGACGACAGGGAGCAGAGUGUAUAACGUUUGUUUUUCUGUGUUGGCACAGACUCGAAGGAACCGCUCAGCUUGCAGGCGACGUCCAACAACUUUCGUCGGUCAGUUUUCGCCGAGACUCGCCACGGACACAAUGGAGCUGAUAUGGUGGGGUUCUGGAGCACAACAGAUUCGUGCAAAAGUCGGGACCGAUCUUUGUGGCCCAGGAUGCGGCAGAGGCGUUGCUCAAGUGGGAAGACCCGCCGACGACCUUGUUCUUUGCUGCCGCGUGGGGCUUGAUCUGUACGUCGAGAACUUGGUUUGUUUGCAUGUGCAACCGAGUGCUAAAGUGUACACUUACCGCCUCGCACAGGUUACUAUCCCGCUCUACUGCUCGUCGUGCCGAACCUGAUCCUCAUCUCGAUCCUACUCUCGACCUAUUCAUCUCGACCUUCCUCGUCCCCUCUUCACUCCCCCUCAACGUCCACAACGACGAAACCAACGACCGCAAGCUCAGCUCCCGCUCCCGCUCCUCCCCCCGCAGAAGGCUCGAUCGACUACCUCGCCAAUUUGCAAAACAUCCAAAUCAUGAUGGGCCGCGUCUCAGCCGGCAGCGACUUUGCGAUGACCCAUAUCGUCCCUCUCUUGACUUGGCACGAUACUCGUACCUCCUUGGUCUUGCUCCAACUUGCGACCUUGUCCUUGUUCGCGAUUCUAUUAGCAGCGCCUUACGUACCGAUUAGAAUCGUUCUGCUCCUCGCGGGGGAAACGAUCUUUUUCGUUGGUCAUCCGAUCGUACUCGGUAUCAUGACACAGACAACUCCUUAUUUAUCGCCACUCUUACUCCGAGCAUUCACCAAGAUCGAUCGCUUGAUCGAAGAAGACUCGUUGGAUGACGCCGAACUAGACGCGGAGGAGUUGAGGCUAGUUGAGAAAUUGGAGAUUGAGGCUUGGAGGGAUUCGACUUGGGUUCCCGAGACUGAAGUAGGUGGCGAACUUCCUAGGUUAGAGAAGGAUCGUUCGAGGGCGGGGUCGAUCGGAAUUGAUGGGGGUUGUUGGUAUUGGAGUCGUGGAUUGGGAGGACAGGAGUGGAAGGUAGAUUGGAGUUAUUGCGGUGGGGAUUUGGAUCAGGGUGGGUUCGAGGAAUGAAGCUUCCUAAGAAGUCGAGUUUGGGAAGCUUGAUGCUGACCCCCUUUUGGUUCUCUCGACGACGGGGCUCACAGCUGGAUUCGUAUAUCUUCAUCUCGAUGGAACGAUCAGCUCUUCACCCUUCGUACCUGAUUCGAACCCUCGGAUCGUCGCGCCGAUGCGAAGGAGAAGGUUGGUACGAAGAGCCGUUCGGUUCGGGAGUGGGAGCUCGGGCAGGGAUGUCGAUUGA